CGGCAUUCUAGGAGCUGCUCCUUCUCCACCUUGGAUUUUUGACAGUGGGGCUACUCACCACCUCACAUCUGAUCUUGCCAACCUCUCUAUGCAUGUUCCUUAUUCCGGGAAUGACGAGGUCGUUGUUGGUAAUGGUAAUAGCCUUCCUAUUACACAUACGGGUUCGGGAUCUCAUCACGGGGGCACCCCUUCUUCACGGUCCAGUUAAAGAUGGUUUAUAUGAAUGGCCUACCUCUCCUAAACAACCAGUUCUUGCCUUUUCUGGUGUCAAAGUCACUCCUCAUCAAUGGCACUCUCGACUUGGUCACCCGUCUUCCAAAAUUCUCCGUCAUAUUUUUUCUACAUCACAAUUACAAAUAAAUGAUGUAUCAUCUUUAGCAUUCAAUUGUAA